AUGGCAAGUCCGUGUUUACAGAAGCUACCAGCGGUAGAACAUCUCUUUGCUCUCACGAGAUUCGAGCUUCCGGAGAUACCAUGCUCUCUAUCUUUCCAAAGGCAUCCCGAGUAUACGUCAAUCACCAAGGAAGCGAACGAGUGGGCAUUCAAAUGCAUGAGGAGGGAUUUCAGUCCGGAGGAGAAGAAAUGCCUGGUCCAGUGGAAAGUUCCAAUGUUUACGUGCCUCUCCACGCCUCACGCUCCGAAAGCGAACAUGUUGGCGUCGGCCAAGUUUGCCUGGCUCACUGCCUUCCUGGACGAUCCGUUUGAUGACAACGAGGUUGCUGGGGGAGCUCUCGCGACAUCGUAUCUCAACACUGUUCUUAGCCUCUGCUAUGGAACCGCAUCGCUCGCGGAGGUUCCGGAUAUUCUUGCCUAUCGAGCGUGCCACGAUCUGAUGAAGGAUUUGAGGUCUCUGUUGAAGACGGAGCUGUUCAGGCGCACGGUUUCCACUGUUGAGGGCUGGGCGAGAAGCAUUUUGAGUGACGACUUGACGCAGGACUACGAGCUCUACCGGAGGAAGAACGUCUUCAUUCUGCCACUCAUCUAUGCAAUGGGUGCUUCGUUUGACGAUGAGGAUGUCGAGUCCCUGGAUUACAUCAGGGCUCAGAACGCUAUGCUCGAUCAUAUGUGGAUGGUGAACGACGUCUUCUCGUUUCCCAAGGAGUUUUACAAGAAGAAGUUUAACAAUCUUCCGGCGGUGCUGCUGCUCACCGAUCCGAGCGUGCAGACGUUUCAGGACGCCGUGAACACUACGUGCAGGAUGAUCCAGGACAAGGAAGACGAAUUCAUCUAUUACCGCGAUAUCCUUGCCACGAAUGCGUCCUGGAAUGGGAAGAAAGAUUUCCUGAAGUUCCUGGAUGUUCUCUCCUGUGCAAUCCCAGCGAAUCUGGUGUUCCAUUAUGCGAGCAGCCGCUACCAUGGCAUGGAUAACCCCCUACUGGGUGGAGGCACGUUUCGUGGGACUUGGAUUCUGGAUCCAAAAUGCACCAUCAUCGUGUCGGACCCGAAAAGGACGUUACAUAUGCCAGGGGAGUACAGCUUCUACAACUUCCUUGACAUGGGAUUCGCGCCUUACGGCGAUUACUGGAAGAACAUGCGGAAGCUGUGCGCCACAGGCACCAUUCCCAGCCGGAGAGAGAAGAUCGGUCCAUACUUGUUGGACAGUGCAAGGAGAGAGAGAUGGGGUUUCCUCCCAAAGAGGUCCGAUCAAUGGAAGAGACCCACUGGUGAUACUGUCAAGUUGAGACGGCGGUGCCCUCCACCUGGAAUUCCCCAGACGAGAACAUAG